GUAAGUGUUUAACGAUACAAACGUGUACAUGUAAAGAGACCAAUGUCGACCUCUUAUCGGAAUAACAAAGCUAUCGAGAUGGCUGUGGAAAAUGAUGAAAUGUUAAAGGACAACAAUUCUACACUGGGUUAUGUUUCAGGAGGUGUAGACUCUGAUGAUGGAGGGGGUCUUGUCUGUUGUGGCUACAUACUCUGGGCUCUGUCUAUGCUCGUUAUCAUCUGCACCCUUCCGUUUUCACUGUGCCUUUGUAUCAAGGUGGUUCAGGAGUAUGAGAGGGCCGUUAUAUUCCGCUUGGGUCGGUUAUUAUCAGGAGGGGCCAAGGGACCAGGGCUGUUCUUCAUUGUGCCAUGUAUCGACUCCUAUACCAAGGUCGACCUGAGGACUGUGUCAUUUGAUGUGCCACCACAGGAGGUAUUGACCAAGGACUCCGUAACGGUCGCGGUAGACGCUGUUGUUUAUUAUCGGGUGUACAAUGCGGCCACGUCCAUUACUAACGUGGAAGACGCUAACCGGUCCACGCGACUCCUGGCGGCUACGACGCUCCGGAACGUGCUGGGGACCAAGAAUUUGAGCGAGAUUCUCGCGGACCGGGAGGCAAUCUCUCACCAGAUGCAGACGUCUUUGGACGAGGCAACAGACCCGUGGGGUGUAAAAGUGGAGAGGGUCGAGGUUAAGGAUGUUCGUUUACCCGUACAGUUACAGAGGGCCAUGGCGGCAGAGGCAGAGGCCGCACGUGAGGCCCGGGCUAAGGUGAUAGCGGCGGAGGGCGAGCAAAAAGCGUCACGUGCUCUUAAAGAAGCGGCAGACGUCAUUUCUGAAUCUCCCACCGCCAUCCAGCUCCGGUACCUCCAGACGCUUAACACAAUCUCGGCGGAGAAGAACUCCACCAUCAUAUUCCCCCUGCCCAUAGAAUUGUUCUCCUCUUUCACGAGAAAAGCCAGAGGGCAAUAGGAUCAAACGUUUUAGUAGCGGCGGAGGAUUGAAAAACACGUUAUUUAGUUGAGCAUUCGAGAAAUAAGGUUGAGAUGUCCAUCUCUUUGUCAGCCCAUUUGCUUUCCAUUUGCGGAACCCAUGAGUUUUCAAUUUUAAUUACUCUACAAAAUGAAAUUAUACGUAAGAGUAGUAUGCGUAUUACUAAUUGAAUACCCAUGGUUUGAGUAUAACCCUCUGGUAUAUUACAGCUUGUAUUUGUACAGAAAAAAAACAACACUAAUUGCAGC